AUGGCAUCUCCGCGGACCGAUGAGGACACCACGAAGGGAAGCAUGUGGGUCCUGGAACAGAAGCUCGAUCAGCCCAUGGAUGAAGAGGCUGGAAGACUGAGCAACAUGUACGUAGAGAAGGUACUACUCUGUAGAAAUCAAUCUCUCUCUCUCUCUCUCUCUCUCUCUCUCUCUCUCUCUCUCUCUCUCUCUUUCUGCAACAUUAUAGACCUCUUCUCUUCCCGUCCGGUGAAGAAAUCUUCACCUUCUCUAUGAACAAAUGAGGAACCCUGGUAAGUCACGUAGAUCACCAUGUUCGCGGGUGCAGGAAUUGCCCGCAGAUACCACGAAGAUCCUGGGUUCUUCUAGCUGUGAACCAGAUGAAAUCCAUCUCACGUGGGCUCUCAUCCUUGCUCUCAGAAAUUCUCGUUGCUGCUGGUCCUGCGUCUCGCUUUCCAGAGUCUCGGGGUGGUGUUCGGGGACCUGGGCACUUCUCCCUUGUAUGUCUUCUACAACACCUUCCCGGAGGGAGUGGAUGAUGACGAAGAUGUCAUCGGAGCCCUUUCUCUGAUUAUCUACUCUCUAACGCUCGUCCCCCUUCUCAAGUACGUCUUCAUCGUCCUGAGGGCAAAUGACAACGGCCAAGGUAAUUCUCUGAUCACAACUCGGUCAUUUAGUGGACCAUAUUUCUCAUGCUGUGUUCUACUUUAUGCGCUUAGAGCGUGGGAGGUGGAGGGGAGAAAAAAGUUGAAUUUUCUUUUGGUGACCCCAGCGAAAACUCUUUUUGAGCAGCAAUUUCUCUGUUGGAACUGUUCUAGUCUUGUUCUUGUUUCCUUCAAAUCUUACUCCGCCCCUCUGGGCUCAAUGGCGUUUCUGCCUAUGAUUCUGCCCUUAUUUUUAUUUUUUAUUUGGUCGGAAGAACGGCAUGGGAUUAGGGUAGGCCAUGAAUUUCAUCCUGCGAAGAAAUACUCUGAAAAGUCUGGUGAUCCAUCUGCGAUCGUCUCGCACAGUUCUUGCCUUGCUCUUCUCUUGUAUUUUUAGCAUGAAUCAUGUAUCUUCAGGCUUUUGACCAGAACCAGUAAAUAGCACUAGACGUAAAAGCCUUCGGAUUCCCCCCAUUAGUAGUAGGCCCUCGUAUUGAGUAGACAGCGCAUGAAUGAGCAUCACUUGGGAACAUCAUCGGGCAGAUCAUAUCCUGGCAGAGUCUUACAGUUGUCCUUGAUCUCUCAUUUCAGGAGGAACAUUUGCUCUUUAUUCGCUGCUCUGUCGAUAUGCCAAGGUGAAGACGAUCCCAAAUCAGCAUCGUACAGAUGAAGAGUUGACCACAUACAGCCGGCGUACUUUUGAUGAGAACUCUCUCGCCGCCAAGAUCAAGAGAUGGCUGGAGGCCGAUGCAUACAAGAAGAAUGCACUCCUUGUUCUUGUUCUUAUCGGCACUUGUAUGGUCAUUGGAGAUGGGAUUCUCACUCCAGCCAUAUCAGGUAACGUUUGAUGCAGCUACCUGUAUUGUUGUGCUUCUCGAUGCUCAAUCAUUCAGUCAUCUAAUGAAACCCAAAAAAAAUUAAAAAAGAAAAAAAAUCUAUCCUCUGUCUUUUUUCAGUAGCUUUCAUCAAUCUCUCGUUUGAUUCUCACUGCCACUCAGUGGAAGGCGUACAGAUGAUGUAGAUCUGUUAAUCGGAAGUAAAAAUUUAAUGUUUAGGAACACUGGCAGCAUAGAUUUCUGUUUUAGAUGCAAAAAAAUAAAAUUCCCAGGAGAUAGUAAAUGGAGAUCAGGAGUUUUGGAGCAAGGUAGAAAGAAGAGAGAGAAGGUACUCUUUAAAUUGCCCAGGCUAUUGGAUUUCUGAGAGAGAUAUUACAGAGUUGCCGUGCUAGAUUUCUUCCUCUCCUCCUUCACUUUAGUCACUGCUUUUGAUGGCUUUCUUCCUCUUGUGGGCUCCCUUUUUCAGGCGCCUCUUGGAAAGAGGAGCACCAUUUUCCUCAGGGGAUGAAUUGAUAGUAUGGUUUGGAGAUCUGAUAGCAUGAAGAUUCUCUUGGAAGUUCUGUCUCGUUCCAUUUCUGAUCCAAAGAUUUGCUAAAUGUUUGCAGUUCUUUCAGCCGCUGGAGGGAUCAAGGUGGAUCACCCCAAGAUGAGCAACGGUAUCCCAUAAUCUUUCUCUCAUUAGAUCUGUUCUUGAAUUGGCACCUCUACCUGGCUGCUUUUCAUCAGCCCAGGCUGUGGAUUGCACUAGUCCUUAAAAAAAAAUUCCAAUGAUUUCCUAAAUCUCAAGCUAGAACCGUCCCUGUUCUAAUCGAGCUCUCCGUUCAAUCAUGUCAGAUGUGGUGAUAAUCGUUGCUGUUGUGAUUCUUGUUGGGUUAUUCAGCAUGCAACAUUAUGGAACAGACCGAGUCGGAUGGCUCUUCGCCCCCAUCGUCCUCAUCUGGUUCAUCCUGAUCGGUACCAUCGGCUUCAUAAACUUACUGAAAUACGACAGAUCAGUCUUGAAGGCCUUCUCUCCGGUCUACAUUGUUCACUAUUUGAGGAAAGGCCGGCGGAGCUGGACAUCCCUUGGUGGUGUCCUCCUCAGCAUCACAGGUUAAGCUCAACACCCAAAAAUGGGGUCUUUAAUUUGGGAAAAAAAUCUACCCAAAAAACCCAUAAUUUAUCUGGAAUCAUUUUGCAGGAACGGAAGCAAUGUUCGCCGAUCUGUCCCACUUUCCUGUGCUUUCCAUCCAGGUUCAAUUUUUAUCUUAUUUUUUGACAGGAAGAUCCUCAGCUUCUUCCUCUCCUCUUCCUUUUACUCACUGUUCCUUCUCAUGCAGAUCGCCUUCACCUUCAUCGUCUUCCCCUGCCUUCUCCUGGCUUAUACCGGGCAGGCAGCCUACAUUGUGGAGAACAACGGGCACGCUGCUGAUGCCUUCUAUCACUCGAUUCCAGGUCUUAACUUUAAUAAUUCCCCUCCACGGCCAAAUCUUCUGGCGAGAAUUGCCCACCGGAGCUGGAGUUUUGAUGGGUCUUCUCCCUCCCUGCAGACAGCAUGUACUGGCCCAUGGUCUUGAUUGCCACUGGAGCCGCUGUGGUGGCGAGCCAGGCAACGAUCUCUGCCACCUUCUCCAUCAUCAAGCAGUCCCUGGCACUGGGCUGCUUCCCGAGAGUGAAGGUCGUCCACACCUCGAAGAAAUUCAUGGGCCAGAUCUAUAUCCCUGACAUCAACUGGAUCCUCAUGGUCCUCUGCAUCGCCGUCACUGCUGGGUUCAAGAACCAGAGCCAGAUUGGCAAUGCCUAUGGUGAGUGAGCGAGUGAGUGAGUCGAAAAGUGAGUAAGUGAGCUUCAAGAACCAAUGCCAUGGCUGAAACAUCGAGUUGCAGGGAUGGCGGUGGUGAUAGUGAUGCUGGUGACGACGCUGCUGAUGAUCCCGAUCAUGCUGCUGGUGUGGCAGAGCCACUGGGUCCUGGUGGCACUAUUCACUGGGCUUUCCCUGCUGGUGGAGCUCACCUACCUCUCGGCGGUGCUGUUCAAGGUGGACCAAGGCGGGUGGGUACCGCUGGUCAUCGCCAGCGCCUUCCUCACCAUCAUGUAUGUGUGGCACUAUGGCACGGCGGCACGCUACCAGUUUGAGCUUCACAGCCGGGUCUCCAUGGCAUGGAUCCUCGGCCUCGGCCCCAGCCUGGGCCUGGUGCGAGUGCCCGGAAUUGGCUUCGUCUACACCGAUCUGGCCAGCGGCGUUCCACCUAUAUUCUCCCACUUCAUCACCAAUCUCCCGGCGAUCCACUCUGUCGUCGUCUUCGUCUGCAUCAAGUACCUGCCUGUUUACACCGUGCCACAAGGGGAGAGGUUCCUGGUGCGAAGGAUUGGCCCCAAGAGCUUCCGCAUCUUCCGCUGUGUCGCCAGGUACGGCUACAGGGACUUGCACCGCAAGGAUGAGAACUUUGAAGCCAUGCUCUUCGACAGCCUUACCCUCUUCGUCCGCUUGGAGGCCAUGAUGGAGGAAGGAUGCUCUGAAACGUCGGAGUACAGUCUCUAUGGGCACCACACGGAGCGAUCGUUGGAGAAUGGUGGUGGUGGCGGUACCGCCGGUGACUGCAUUGUGCCAGCCGUGGGCUCGCCGGCGCUGGGGCAGGCAAGCCGGGGGAGCAUGACAGAGGGUGGCGACGAGCUGGAGUUCCUGAACAGGUGCAGGGAUGCUGGAGUGGUGCACAUCUUGGGGAACACCAUGGUGAGGACAAGGAGGGGUUCGGGGAUACUGAAGAAGGUGGCCAUUGACUAUGUUUAUGCCUUCCUCAGGAAGGUCUGCCGUGAGAACAGUGUCAUCUUCCAUGUACCCCAUGAGAGUCUCCUCAAUGUGGGCCAGAUUUUCUAUGUAUAG